AUGAAAGUUCCACCAGCACCACCGCUGUGCUUAGCCGCUAUAAAUAUCAAGUCAGUUACACAAAAACAUUCAAUUCAUUCUGAGGUUCAGCCUCAGAUAAGUUGGUGCCAAAUUGAUUAUGAAGUCAUUUGGAGGUCAGGAAGUGGAUGUCCAAUCACAAAAUUGUCCACUGUUAUUGAAAGCCAAAAAUUAUCAUCAGACAAUACUUUAGAUUUAAUGAAAGUUCCACCAGCACCACCGCUGUGCUUAGCCGCUAUAAAUAUCAAGUCAGUUACACAAAAACAUUCAAUUCAUUCUGAGGUUCAGCCUCAGAUAAGUUGGUGCCAAAUUGAUUAUGAAGUCAUUUGGAGGUCAGGAAGUGGAUGUCCAAUCACAAAAUUGUCCACUGUUAUUGAAAGCCAAAAAUUAUCAUCAGACAAUACUUUAGAUUUAAUGAAAGUUCCACCAGCACCACCGCUGUGCUUAGCCGCUAUAAAUAUCAAGUCAGUUACACAAAAACAUUCAAUUCAUUCUGAGGUUCAGCCUCAGAUAAGUUGGUGCCAAAUUGAUUAUGAAGUCAUUUGGAGGUCAGGAAGUGGAUGUCCAAUCACAAAAUUGUCCACUGUUAUUGAAAGCCAAAAAUUAUCAUCAGACAAUACUUUAGAUUUAAUGAAAGUUCCACCAGCACCACCGCUGUGCUUAGCCGCUAUAAAUAUCAAGUCAGUUACACAAAAACAUUCAAUUCAUUCUGAGACACAAGAUACAUGUUCUAGUCACAUUUUGAAACAUGCACUACUAGUAUUCUUAGCAUUAUUUGUCUAUAUCUCCACAGUUAAGUAUUUGUCGAAAUCGCCGAUGACCUCCAACAUAAAUCAUACAAAUGAACAACUUCCUUGUACAGAAAAUUACUCGGAGUUAAAAGAAGUUUUGAAACCGUGCGGUAAACUUCCGCCGACAAACGACAUAAAAUUGGAUCGAUCUCACUUUAAACGUAAAGUCCCAAUGAUAUUCGUCGGUAUUCAAUGUGAUAAACAUGUCAAGACGUCUUUAGAGAAGUUGAAACCAUUUUUCUGUCCUUUUAUCCGACUACCUAAAAUAUCUAAGACUUAUUUGAUGAAUUUAAGCAAUCCAACAUUCGAUAUGUAG